AUGCUGACGUCAUACGGCUGCCAUUAUGCGCAAUGGUACACCUAUCUUCUUACAUCAUGGGCCGAAGUACGCGAAAACGCGACACGAAGGAGGGCGCCAGACGCAGAAGCGUCCACGGACUUGAAGGACGGAGCAUUAUGGGAUAUUAUGGACGCGGGGAGUGAAGCACUGAAAAUCACCAGGGCAAGAGACCGAUCCAAGACUACGUGUCAAGGGUCGUAUGCCCAGGCGACCAAAGAACUGGUCAGGAUAGCUGUCAUUAUGAACAGCUACCCCGAGAAAAAGAUAGGAGCUGAAGAGGAGAGCCUGAUCGCCAGGAAACUGAUCAGAGGGCGUAUCCUCGAAUUGAUGGGGAAGGAAAAAGCCCCUAACCUUACAAGCUCCUGGGUAAAAGAUGGCGCACUCUUCGGAUGUGCCGAUGAAUAUUCAGAGGGAUGGCUCAAAAGCCUCUCUUCUGACAUAAAAAUUGGGGAAACCUCUCUGUGUGUAAUGCCAAUCGACGAGUUGCAAAAGCGACAUCGAAUGGUGGUGCACAUAGAGGAAUCCGAUAUCACCACUGAGGAAACUCUGAAGUUCCUCAGAUUACAAAAUACGGGCCUGACAACCAGUGACUGGAUUGUCACCAGGAGUAGCAAGAAAAGGGACUCCAAGAGUGCCCAAUUUGCUUGCCUCGUUGGCGAGACGUCACUGAAAGCCAUAAACACUGGUAAUCCAGUGUGACGUUUUACACGUCCGUCAUAAGGGCGAAUACGCCCGGCCGAGGAGGACAAUUCGCUUAACUCCGAGGGCCGGUUGUUCCAACUUCUUGGUAAGUUUAUCCGUCAGUUAUUUAUUAAUAAAUAUUAGUAAUCUUUACUCAGUUGUUGGAAUACCAAGUAAAAUUACCUCUAUCGUUAUUACCA